CAAGCUGCCUAGACACAGCUGUCAGUAAUGAAAAUUUUUAGUGAUAGCCCAACACAAAUAUGAAAUUAUACGCUUUACUUACUUCCAUGCUGGCGCUGGCACUGGCCCUCUGCCAACUGCAGGUGAUCGGCGCACAGGAGAGCUGCUUGGACCGUUGUCUGUUGAGCUGGCCAAAUAAGGUGAGUAAUGCGCUCGAGGAGCUGGCACUGGAGCCGGAAUUGUUGACGAACCUCGAUCAGCAGCACGCAACUACCCAACAACAACAACAGCUAGCUGAGUGCUGCCAAAAUGUGCAACAAUUCCAUUGCACUUUGAAGUGCAUGUUCGAGCAUGUUCGACUGCCCUAUCGAUGUAGCAACAAGCGAACAUAGGGCUGCAUGUGCUCUAUUUUACAAAUUUGGACUAUAAAAAGUCGAGUGUGGUUUCAAUUGCCAUUGACUGGGCUACUGUUAGAGCUAAUCUAAGUUGCAUCAACUCUUAGCAGCUGGCAGAGCAUCUUCUAGUCGACUUCCAUUUCACUAAAUUGACGCUACAUUUAACACUCACUUAAAUUGAGAAAUAUGACAUUAUAUCUCAAUGCAUUCAGGCUCAAUGCAAUCAACAGACAGCAAAAUAAUCAUUUGUGUGCGAAUUUAAAUAAAUAUUCAGC